AUGGCAACUUCCAAGGAUAGCGGUGGCGGAGUGGUUCACGAAUGUUACUUCAGGUGCACGGGUAAAAAUCAUUCAUCUCACCUGACGGCGGUUGUAACAAGAGCCAGACUAUCUGAUGAAAAAAUAGCUGCCUAUCUAAAGUGGUGUUGCAUUAAAUAUGCUGAAGCAGUAGAUUUACACGGACGUACCAUUGUUCAUGUUGCAGCAUCCAGAGGAAGAUUGAAACUUCUUUUGUUUUUAUUAAGUCAUCCGAAUGUCGAUGUAAAUUUUAAAGAUCUGGAAUCUGGAUUCACCGCUCUUCAUCGCAGUUUGUUUUAUGGUCAAAUCAAUUGUGCAGUUAGGUUAGUGCAGUCUGGAGCUAAUUUGCAAGAAAAAGAUCUCGACGAUUUAACUCCAUUGGAUCAUGUUAUGAAAGAUAAACAAUCGAUUACUUAUAACAACACAUCAUCGAAUCCUUCUUAUGAAAUUUAUGUUUGGGGCACAAACACUAGUUUUAAUCUUGGAAUAGGACACAAUAAUUCGAAACCUGUUCCGACUCCUCUUGGUACUUUUUUCAAAAAAAACAUAUCCAUUAAGCAAGUAUGCAUGAGCAAAUUUCACUCACUUUUUCUAGAGGAAGAUGGAAAAGUAUGGGUUUGCGGUUUGAAUUCACGUGGAAGAUUAGGUUUGGGAGAUGAAUCUACAAGUUUGGUUCCUACAAUUCUUAAAGUUGGCAAUCGUGCCAACAAUCCAUGUAAGAGCAUAAGCAUCGGUUUAAAUCAUUCUCUUUUGCUGAUGGAAAAUCACUCUGUUUGGUCAUUCGGUUUAAACGAUCACCAACAAUUGGGUCAUGAUCCAUCUUUUAAAGAAGUGCCUUCACCCAAACUCAUUGAUACUCUCAAAGGAAUUAAAAUCAUUGGGAUAAGCGCAUCGAAAUGUUAUUCAAUUUUUUGGAGUAAAUACAUGUUGUAUGCAUGCGGUUCGAAUACGGGACAGUUGGGCGAUUUAAAAUCAAACGAACCGUUUCCGAAACUUUUAAAAAAAUUCGGCGUUCAAGAUCCGCCAUCGUCGGUGGAAUCGAAUCGACGUAAGGAAAUCCUUCACUUAUUUACGAUCAAAACGCGUACAUAUUUCAAAAUUACAAAUUUAAAAAAUUUCGAUUCGAGUGAGUAUACAAAAGUAUAUUUAAAACGUCACGAAUUAAUUACAUCAUCUCAUCGUUAUUUAUAUAUUUUACGUUUUAGGCAACCGUGUAAAAAAGUUUGCAUUAUCGGAGAACGAGGAGAAAAUGAAAGUCAUUUGAAUUACCCGCAAGAGAAAAAAAUGGAUGAAAUAAAAGUGGCGAUGCUUUGCGAAGACGAUAAAAUUUAUUUCUGGCGUGAAUGUCAUCAAUUAUUCGUCGUUUGCACUCUGUCGUUACGUCGUAAUAUUUGCAUAACCGACAUAUUUCUCAACACGACAUCAAUUAUGUUGGCGACAAAAGACGGUGAAGCUUUUUUCGCAAAUUCUCCGGAACAAAAUUCUCCCUGCAAUUACGUAUUGAAAUUGGAAAGGAUUCCAUUCAUACACCGAGCCGUAACCGUAGCAUCCGAUGUACAAGGGGAAAAUUUUUCCGUCAUACAAACGAGUCCGAAAAAAUGUUUGUCGACGGUUAAAUUGGAACCCGUGGGAGAAAUGAGAGAAAAUAUGAAAAUAUUUUUAAAUACCACAUCCGAAUCCGAUACUCUUCACGAUGUUGUUUUCGAGGUUGAAAAUGUUCGAUUUCCGGCACAUCGUUUCAUAGUAAGCCAUUGCGAAGUCAUGAAAAAUAUUAUUAAUAAGAAUUCGAAAAAAAUCGAUGGGAAACAGGUUGUCGUCGUCGUCGUCGUGAUAGAAAAAAUAAAACCGAAAAUAUUCGAAAGAAUUCUGUCGUACAUUUACACGGGUGAUUGCGAUUUUCCGUCGAAAAUGAAUAGUAGGAAUAAAAAUUUAAAUCCUCUCGGAUUUCUCAAAGACGCCGCAAAAAUAUUCUCCCUCGCGGAUUUAAUCGAAAAAUUAGAUUGUUUGUUUUACGAUAACGGUUACAUUUGUAAGAAUAAAAAUCGAAAAAUGGAUGCGUCGAAAUGGCCGACGUUUCAACGGAAUAAUUUCGCAAAUAUUUCGGACGUCAGUUUUAAAACCGAAGAUGGUAAAAUCGUCAAAGGUCACAAAUGCGUUUUAGUCGCGAGAUCGGAAUAUUUCAAUUGUUUGAUUAACAAAGGUUGGUUAGAGAAAACGCCCAUCAAUCUUCCAAUACCGAGCGCCAUAUUGGAAAUUCUUUUCGAUUACCUGUACGAAAACGAACCGUCGUCGAACCUUCUCGAAUCUUCGGAUACGAAUUUUUUACAUCAAGUCCUCGUGACGUCAGAUCAAAUUUUUUGCAACGGUUUGAGACGCGUAGCCGAAGACAAAUUGCAAAAAUGUUUGAAUUUGAAAAACGUCGUCGACAUGUUGCAAACGAGCGUGACGUUCAACGCGAAUCAAUUGAAACGAUGUUCGAUGGAAUAUAUUUGUUUGAACCUGACGGAAAUAUUAGAAUCCAGAGGCCUUGAAAUUUUGGACGAUUCCAUUUUGAAUGAAUUAACGGAAUAUUAUCGGAAUUGGUUGCCGUGCAUGACGAGGAGAAACAUUGUGACGACCGAGGACGAAGAACCCGCCGAGGAUUUCGUUGAAAAAAUACACGCGACCGAACCUGUUUCCUUCGAAAACUUCGAAAAAGAAAUUAAAAAAUUAAAAACGGUCGAAUGGAAAAAAUCGUCGAGGGAAAAAGUGCAGAGGAAAAAGACGAAAAGCGAAUCGGAAAGAUUCGUAUCGGAUUCGAUCGUCGGUGAGGAAUCGAAACUAUCCACGUGUAAACACGUGGAAACGUUUGUCGAAAGCGUCAAGGAAAAGAAAACAAACGACGAGGAAACUUGGAUCAAGGUCGGUGUUGUUAAUCUUCAACGGAUGUGUCGAAACGGUCGAUAA